AGGGCCUCAGGGCCCCGGCUCUGCGUGGACCUCGGUGUGGCUGACCGCAUGACGCAGAAGGAAACAAGCCGCCUUGCCUCCCAGAUCAGGAGACUCUACGGGGCAAACAGGCGGGCUGAGAAGCCGUUUUGGCUCUGUCUGACGGAGUUUGUGGUGGGCUCGUUGAUCUAUGAGGAGUGUUUUCGCAUGAACGACGGCUUCUCCAAUUAUUUGAUGGAUACAACUCAAGAAAGUUACCUGGACCUGUUUCCUUUAGAUACAAUUGUUUAUCUCACUCCUGACUCUGAGAAUGUUCUUGAAGAUAUUGAUCCAAAUAAAGUGUAUGUCCUCGGAGGCCUGGUGGAUGAAAGUAUUCACAAGAAGCUGACUCUACAAAGGGCGCAAGAGCAGUCCUUGCAAACAGCACGCCUCCCCAUUCGUGAGUACAUGGUGAAAACCGUUAACACCAAGAACUACCAUUCGGAGACACUGGCAAUUAAUCAAGUCUUUGACAUCUUAUCAACUUACUAUGAGACCCGAAGCUGGCCAGCAGCCUUGAAAGCUGGAGUUUCUUCUGGAAAAGGCUAUGUGCUACCAGAUGCAGUGAAAGAAGUGGAAAUACCUCAGCAUGACAAUGCACAAGAAAACUCUUUAUUUUGUGAUGUUAAGGAGCUGUGCAGACAAGAGAGGCAAACUCCAAAUGUCAAGCAGAGGCAUCAGCAUGAAUGUGCAUAA